CGCGACUGACAUGUCUGAGUCCUCGUAUGAUGCGUAUGACGAGGAUGGCUCGUACGCCGAGGGUUCGUCCUAUGGCUAUGGGGGCACCCCAGAGCCAGACGGUGUGGACGGUGCCGGCAGUGCUAGCGGCGACGAGCCGACCGAAAGCGAGCCGGAGCCGAUCAGCAAACCGCUGGCCAAGGACGAUCUCACCGACGCGCUGUCUGUCUUGGCCAAGACGGGGACGGGCUUGGAGCAUGCGUUUGUGCGGCUUGAGCUGCAUGAUGCAGAGGUGACAGAUAUUGAGCUGCUGGCAUCGUACCCGCAUCUGCGGUACGUGGACCUGUCAAACAAUGCGAUCACGUCGAUCCGGCCGCUGUCGCGGCUGGACCAGCUGGCGUGGCUCAAGCUCGAACACAACGCAAUCAAGGCCGUGGACAUGCGGACGCGGCCGUUUCUGCAAGUCGCGCUCCUUGCGCACAACAAGCUGACGUCUGUGGCCGGGAUGGCGCACCCGCGGCUGGCGACGCUCGACGUCUCCCACAACGCGUUCGAGGCCUUUGACGGCCUCGACAACCUCACAAGUCUGGAGCGGCUGUUGGCCACCAACAACGAGCUCACAUCGACGGCAGGCAUCCACGCCAGCUCGCUCAAGGAGCUGCUCCUGGCCGACAAUGCCAUCAGCGCUGUUGAGGACAUGGAGCACCUUCCAGCUCUUUCGCUCCUCGACAUGCAGCGGAACGAGCUCUCGUCGCUCGACGGCUUUGUUCCGCAGCUGGCCGCGCUCUCGGUCGUGGACCUCUCGGAAAAUCACAUCGAAGACAUUGCCGAGGUUGCCAAGCUCGCAAUCCUCCCGUCGCUCUCGUCGCUCUUCCUCUACGACAACCCGAUUGUCGAGCUCGACGACUACCGGCUGGAAGUCCGGAUUGUCCUGCCCAAGCUCAAGGUACUUGACGGCGAGGACUACACCACCGACGAGAUUGAGGAGGCCCAGCUUGUCGCCGCUGAGCGCGCCGAGUUUGAGCGUCGCAAAAAAGAGGAGGAGGAGGCCAUGCUCGCCGCCGAGCAGCAGCGGCUGGCCGACGAGGAGAAGGCUGCCCAGGAGGAGCUGGCCCGCGAGAAGGAGCGCCGCGAGGCUGAGGCUGCCGCCGGCGAGGACGGCGAGGACGGCGACGAUGGAUCGGCAAGCAACGCCGGAAGCGGCGAGGACGAUGAAGGCUACGACGACGACGACGGCGACGGUGAGGGCUCGGGCGACAACGGGUCCGAGUACGACGACGACGGCACGUACGACGGCUAUGACUACUGAUUGAUGGCUUUAACGUAGGAAUGCGUCACAAUAACAGCGUUUACCCAGCACU